UCAAUGGCCGGAAAUGGGGAAGGACGGGCGAUCGGGAUCGAUUUGGGCACGACGUAUUCGUGCGUGGCAGCAUGGCAGCACAACCGCGUUGAGGUCAUAGCCAACGACCAGGGCAACCGCACCACGCCCUCUUAUGUCGCUUUCACCGAUAACGAGCGUCUCAUCGGAGAAGCUGCCAAGAAUCAAGUCGCCAAUUUUCCAACUAACACCGUUUUCGAUGCAAAGAGGAUGAUAGGCAGGAAAUUCAAUGACCCAAUGGUUCAAAGUGACAUGAAACUAUGGCCAUUUAAGGUCAUUCCUCACCCCACCGACAACAACAAGCCUAUGAUAGUGGUGACCUACAAAGGAGAGGAGAAACAGUUUUCAGCUGAGGAGAUCUCUUCAAUGGUGCUCUCCAAGAUGAAGGAUAUCGCCGAGGCCUAUCUUGGAGCGUCUGUGAAGAAUGCCGUCGUCACCGUGCCUGCCUAUUUCAACGACUCUCAGCGUCAGGCCACCAUGGCUGCUGGAACCAUUGCUGGCCUCAAUGUUGUAAGGAUCAUCAAUGAGCCUACUGCUGCAGCCAUCGCAUACGGCCUGGAUAAAGGGGGUGAUGUGCCUAAGAAUGUGCUGAUUUUCGACCUUGGUGGUGGCACAUUCGAUGUGUCUGUGGCCACUAUUGAGACCGAUAUCAUUGAAGUGAAGGCUAUUGCUGGCAACACGCAUCUCGGAGGGCAAGACUUUGACAGUAGGAUGGUGGAUUAUUUCGUAAAAGAGUUUGAAAGGAAGAAUGGUAAGGAUAUUAGUAUGAAUCCAAAAGCCUUGAGGAGAUUGAGGAGCUCUUGUGAAAGAGCCAAGAGGAUGCUUUCUUCCUCUUCCCAAACUAAUAUUGAUAUUGAAUCUUUAUUUGAGGGGAUUGAUAUGUUUUCAACCAUCACUCGUGCUAAAUUUAAUGAGCUCAACAUGGAUCUGUUCAGCAAGUGCAUAAAACUGGUUGAGAAAUGCCUGAGUGAUGCAAAGAUGAAACGGAGGAGUGUGGAUGAGGUGGUGCUGGUGGGCGGGUCGAGCAGGAUUCCGAAGGUGCAGGAGCUGUUGAGGGAGUUUUUCAAUGGGAAGGAGGCAUGCAAGAGCAUUAAUCCAGACGAAGCCGUGGCGUAUGGUGCUGCAGUGUUGGCAGCCAAGUUGAGUGGUGAAGGCAACGGCAAGGUGCAAAAGCUCGUUCUUUUGGAUGUUACUCCGUUGUCUCUUGGUAUUGAAAUUAAUGAUGAUACUAUGUCAGUAUUUGUUCCAAGAAAUACACCAAUCCCAACAAGGAAGGAGAAAAUUCACCACACGAUGCAUGACAAUCAGACCAGUGUGAAGUUUCCAGUCUACGAGGGUGAAAGGAGCAAGUCAAAAAAAAACAAUCUGCUAGGUGAAUUCAUACUCCGAGGCAUACCACCAGCGCCCAGAGGUGUUGCUAAAUUCAAAGUGUGCUUCGACAUAGAUGAGGACGGUAUCUUGAAUGUGUCAGCGGAGCACAUAACGACUGGAAUAAAGAACAGCAUCACCAUCACCAAUGACAAGGGUAGGCUGUCUAAGGAAGAUAUUGAGAGAAUGAUUCGGGAUGCGAAGAAGUACAAGUUGGAGGAUGAGGAGUUUAGGAAGAAGGUUGAGGCUAGGUGUGCUUUGGAGGACUACGCCUACGACACGAGGGACACCAUUAGAAGUGCAGUUAGGCUCAAAGCAAAACACAAGAAGAAGAUGGAGGAUGCUUUUGAGUCUUUCACAAAGUGGUUGGAGUGUAACAAACAUGCAGAGGCUGAUGAUUUUAAAGACAAAAUGAAAGAGCUCCAGACUAUUUUCAAUCCCAUCAUCGCCAAGAUUUUCCAAAGUGGAGGAAAGGAUCCUCUUGGCUCUUUCACAAGCACUCUUCAAUCUCCUGACAGCUCUUGAGUUCCCACUAAUAUCUUUACCUGUCUUGCUUUUAAACUCUUUCACGAA